UAUUCAUCCGCUCCUCCUGCGCUGCUGCUCGGUCACAACCAGCCAGCCGACCCGGGUCAGCUCUGCUCCAGCUCCAGCCCAGGGCCCGAGCCCCGCUACAGGGAUACACUGUCUGUCUGUCUGUCACCAUGGCAGGGGCCGGUGGUGGUGGGAACAGUGAUGUGCAGUGGUGCUUCUCCCAAGUCAAAGGAGCGAUAGAUGAUGAUGUAGCUGAAGCUGACAUCAUAUCUACUGUUGAGUUCAACCACUCUGGAGAGCUUCUAGCUACUGGGGACAAGGGGGGUCGAGUUGUCAUCUUUCAGCAGGAGCCAGAGAGUAAGAGUCAGCCACAGUGUCGAGGAGAGUACAAUGUUUACAGCACCUUCCAGAGCCACGAGCCCGAGUUUGACUACCUGAAAAGCCUUGAGAUCGAGGAGAAGAUCAACAAGAUCCGAUGGUUGCCUCAGAAGAACGCAGCACAGUUCCUUCUGUCUACAAACGACAAAACCAUAAAGCUGUGGAAAAUUAGUGAGCGUGACAAGAGACCAGAGGGCUACAACUUGAAGGAAGAAGAUGGGCGAUACAGAGAUUUCAAUACUGUCACAACACUACGGGUACCAGUGUUUAGGCCCAUGGACUUGAUGGUGGAAGCGAGCCCUAGACGAGUGUUUGCGAACGCUCACACCUACCAUAUCAACUCCAUCUCGGUCAACAGUGAUUGCGAGACCUACCUGUCUGCAGACGACCUGCGCAUUAACCUCUGGAAUCUGGAGAUCACUGAUCGCAGCUUUAAUAUUGUUGACAUUAAGCCAGCCAAUAUGGAGGAGUUAACGGAGGUGAUCACAGCAGCGGAGUUCCACCCAAACCAGUGCAACACCUUUGUCUACAGCAGCAGCAAGGGCACCAUCCGCCUGUGUGACAUGAGAGCGUCAGCGCUGUGCGACAAGCACGCCAAAAUGUUUGAAGAGCCAGAGGAUCCAAACAAUCGUUCCUUCUUCUCUGAAAUCAUCUCAUCCAUCUCUGAUGUCAAGUUCAGCCACAGCGGACGCUACAUGAUGACCCGCGACUACCUGUCUGUCAAAAUCUGGGAUCUCAACAUGGAGUCCCGGCCAGUGGAGACGUAUCAGGUGCAUGAAUAUCUCAGGAGUAAGUUGUGUUCACUCUAUGAGAACGACUGCAUCUUCGACAAGUUUGAGUGCUGUUGGAAUGGGAACGACAGCGUCGUCAUGACCGGUUCCUACAACAACUUCUUCAGGAUGUUCGACCGAGGCUACCGGCAGGACGUGACUCUAGAGGCGUCGCGGGAGAACAGCAAGCCACGGUCGGUCCUGAAACCGCGCAAAGUGAGCACAGGUGGGAAGCGCAAAAAGGAUGAGAUCAGUGUAGACAGUCUGGACUUUAACAAGAAGAUCCUCCACACUGCCUGGCAUCCCCUGGACAACAUCAUCGCUGUAGCCACCACCAACAAUCUGUACAUAUUCCAGGAAAAACUGAACUAGCGUCGCGUUGAACCGCUCAGAUCCCAGUUUCUGCUUGAGCCCCACUGCUCUGAUACACAUAUACAAACUAUCUGUCAGUCUUUGGCUAAAUCCCCAAGUCCUGAUAUGACCUGCUCCUUGGUGAUUUUUUUAGUAUUGAAUGUGACAAGACUAACUCUGUCAACAACAAACAGUGGCAUUAACUCAGUACAUCUAAACAGGCCAUCACAAGCAUCAUUUCCAUGUGUAUUACAAUAUAAAUAAACACGCAGGGUUUGUAGAUCUGAGCCCAGAAAUUGGAGAAUUAAUGUCGUGGGUCUUUUUCCCGUCGGAGCACUCCAUUCACCGAGCUACCAUUUGCAACUCCACUACAUCCCAAACCAAAGGGAAAGCGUGUCCAGUACACACAUUUGGCUGAUUUGUUUCAUUAUUCUUUUGUGCCAUCGUGACAUGAUUCAUUCGUAUGUCAUAGCUACCAAAAGUUUUUUUCGUAGCCACCAUGUUUUAUUAGUUUGAAUAGGAAAUUCUUUCUACUGUUUCUACGUCGUUCUGUCACCAAGUUAUUAUUUUUUUUUUGGUACUGGUCUGAAACCCAAAACAAACAAGUCAACACUCCAGAUUUGCUCCCAAAUAUUCGUCAAGUUGCCAAGUUCGCUCACCACGUCUGUCAUGAUGUGUACAGUAAGGUUACGCUGUCAAAGAACUAUAGUUAAUUAGUUAAUCCUCUCCAAAUAGCGUAUUACUUACAUCACGGCUCACCUUCGUCCACACAAACACAGCGUACCAAUAUCAGUAGAUCAAAUUUUUAACUUCCAAGGCAGCCACAGGUUUACAUUCAUUUCUCAGCAGUAAGAAAGUCGACUUGAAACUGGCCUGACGUGAAUUCCAUCAGCGGACCUUUUGCCGUCUUUCAUUAACCAGGCAGGAAAACUCAGUGUUCAUACUAUCUGACACUAAAAGGGAAGGUUUGCCACGUCUUAUGUGGAUGUGCAGUCAGUGUUUCAAGUCACUUGAAGCAAUAAAUUCAUCAGUGUGCACUUUAUUACCUUUAUUGACCAACAUAUAGCUGUGAAACCUGUUUUUCUUCAGGCCCCCAGCGCUCUCGUUUAACACGUAUAGCGAGAACUACAGCAUGUCUUUCAGCUCGGAGAAGAAAAUGGUUAAACUGCGGGAAUGAAUUUGCUCGGCAAUGAUCUGCAACUGUGAUUAAGCAUCCAGCCAGCUGACUUUUAGGUUCUGUAGUGGGUGUGGGGGAGGAGACGCUUGCACACAAAUGCAUCCUGGUACAUGUAGCCGCAAACAGGCGAGCUUUCUCUCGCAAUAUAGCGCACACUGAGGAAUGAAUGGCUUCAAUUGACUACAUUUACCAUCAACACUGAUUGGAUAUCAACUUAAAACAUGGAAAAUGUUCCCUUUUUAAUGUCCUGGAUCAGAGUUUCUCGCAUAUAGAAACUUGCAACGGUUUAAAAACAUCAACAUCAGGUUUCAGCUGCGUUUCCUGACUAAGAUGGAUUACUUAUCUCAAAGCCAGUUUCAAGUCUAGGCUGAUUUUUUUCAUUGCUUAUUUAAAUGCUCCGCAGUAAUGUAUGUCAUUUUUUGUUUAAAGGGUCGUGACACUUCAACGUGGACACGAGGUGUGCGCACACGUUGGUCGGGUAUCGUGGUUUCGGGAGUUAAACGGGAGGGAGGCGGGGGCUAAUCAUGCCAAAGUAACCAGUUAUAUUCAUUUAAAGCUGUCUUGUAGACAAGUUGCAGACUGGUCACCCUUUUGCACAUGCGUGGACCACCUUUAUAAAGCUCAGGACAAAAGCUUAGAUAUAUAUAUGUAUACGUGGCAGGGGCGUGAUGGCGUGAUGUAGCCUUGCCUCGUGGUCUGUGGCACCAAACCUGAGUGCUGCUCCCAGCUUCCCCCUCCCCACUAGAUCCUGUUGUGUUGUUGCAGAUUGAUCGCCCCGCUUUACCCUCCUGGAUCUAGUUUCUGUCUGUAGACGUUUUUUUUUAAUGAUGUUUUGUACUGUACCUGAUGAUAAAAGAAGAAUAAUCACUAUAGCUGAUUUAUUUUUGUAUAAAUUAAGGCAAUAGGAUUUACAGUCUGAUCACUGUAGUUUCUUUAGCUUGUCUGUCUCACUGAUUGUAGAUGGAAGGUUGCCUGAUGGAGGUGAGGUGACCUUUUUGUCACGACUUUGGAACAUUGUUCAUUCUCGCAGGUAUUUCUUUAAAAAGCUAGAGACUUUUUGUGACAUCAAGGAAGUGUGUGUGCGUGUGUGUCUUUUUCUCACAUGGGAUGUCCAAAGAAGAGUAUUUUUUCAGGUGUCAGUACCUCCGUAGUCAUAAGCACUAUAACAGUUUAUUUUUUUAAUUUGGCUGACUGUAACUGAUGUUUAUGUAAGAAAGGAGAAAAAAAACAAAAAACUUAUUAUUUGGAUGCUUCAGAGUUAAUUUGGAUCUUAACGUUCUGUUUUUGUGCCAUGUUUUGUUUUGUUUUUUUGCUCGCUGUGAAAGAAUUAGACCCUCGCGGGGUCUAAAAAUGGGAAAGACAUUUUAAUCAACAUGUAAUGUUAAAACUGUUAAAUCAAGCUCUCUCUCUCUCUAAAGUUAGUCAAGUCCAUUGACUAGGCAGAGUUACUGAUUUUUUUUGUUUUUGUUGAUGAAUUCUUGUAUGAAAUGUCUUCUCUCUCCUGUGAUGCAGGAGAACACGGACUCUGAAUUUGUGAAGCACUUGGUUUGCCCUUUUGAUUGUCGUACGGAAAGCGGUCGUUGAUGACCGUCUCGAACAUUGGAAAUAGAAAUGAACUCUGCUGUUUCUCUGCUACUAUGCUUCAGUCACAUGCUGCCAAUUCUCUUCUUAGAGCAAACGGGUUGAUCAUAGCAGUUUUCCACUUGCAUUGAAAUUAUGUUUUGAUGACGGAUUAAGCCGUUGAAUCGGGACACGACGUGUAUUGAUCCGCUGGAUCACAUUUAUGUGUCGCUCCCACCUUAUUUCCAAUCACUAGGGUGCCACCACAAUAACCUCCCAUCUCCAUACAGCAGUGUUAAGCUACUGUCGAGUGUCACUCUCUCAGGGCUCUGGGUAAUGUCCUCUAGUAAUGAGACACUUUGCUUAUCUCUCUCUCUUUUUUUUCUACUUCACAACUUUUCUUUAUUUUCUAAUCCAGGGUUGUGUGUGAGGGCCAUUCAUUCAAAGUUAUUCACCUCAUGUCAUACACGUCUAAAUCACAAAUCUGUACAAUGUGGCACCAUUUCACGGUCAAGCCAAUCAACGUCCAAAAUUAUGAGAUCAGUGAUCAGUCCCUGUCCUGUCAUUCAUCCAAAAGCAAGAACUAGCUCACUUCCAACAACCUGUUAGAAGAUGUGAAACGUGCAAAAUUCUGUAUAAAAACGGUAUUAGAUCAGUUUCUAGUGAGGUAACAUCAGCUUUUAAAAUAACCCCAUCUUUGCAGAGAUGGUCAUCACAGGCUGUACGAGUGUCAGAGCAUUAUUAGGGGGGAAAAAACAGUCACUAACAUUCAUUUAAAAAAUAAAUAAAAAUAAAAACAACUAACCAAUAAUCUGUUUCACUUUCCCCUCAUAUUGUCUUCAUAGCUAUUGUUCAAGGCUAUGGUGUAAACCACAAAGACGUUCAGAAGAACCCUAAUGCCUUUCUUAUAGCAUUAAGAAGAAAUAAGAUAAUCAAGUAUGUUUCUUGAACUCUCUGGCGUGCCAGACAGGAGACUGCUCAGGGGAAUUUUACCGCUGCUCUGUGAUCAAAACCUUGUAUCUUCAAAAACAAGCAGCUUUUCAGGACUUUAAUAAAAAAAAAUAAAAAUUUAAAAACUGCCUUUAUUUACAGGUAGAUCAUACACUUUUUGAAAUUCAGUUGUUUUUGAACAUGAACCUUGCAGGGUCACUGAAACUUGCCCCUACAUAUACAAAGGAUCAUGAAAUCUCAAGGAAAUGUGACUAAAUUGGAGCUAUGAGGUUUUUCCACUCGGAGCAGCAUUAUGUACAUGUCUAAUGUAUCACAGGAGUUAAAAACAAAAAUGCACUUUUUAUUUUUGUGAAUUUAAUUUGUAUGUUUUUGUUUAUUUUCUUUCAAGGGGGGCUCUUGAAUAAAGAUUGUAGGAGAAUUUUUUUCUUUUCUUUUUUUUUUUUUUUGGUGAUCUGUUUUGGGAAGAAAAACUACAAAUGGUUCAUUGUACAGCUAUGUUUAUCUUUGUCAAAUGGAAUAAAGUACAAUUUAGAUGAAAAAUAAAGAAUUUCAAACCUAAA